GGCAGCACGACUAGUAUGACACAAGUGACGAGCUGUAUUUACCGAUCGUUACGCAACAAAUGCUGCUCGUUUGCUUCAGUGUCAGAGAGAUACCAAGCAUUUAUCGGAUGCCACAAACCAGGUUCAAUAAAAUGUGGUGCUCCCUAUAUUCCUCAUCAUGCCAUGGUGGAAGAUCUCCGUCUGAAUUACGAGUUUCGUGACAUUGUCAAUGUGAGGUGUAAUACCAGUGAUGAUGUCUUCACCCUUCAUUGUCAUAACAAAGGAUUGUGGAGUGGGCCGCUUGCGUCUUGUCCCGAACCAAAGAGUUCAAUAAAAUGUGGUGCUCCCUAUAUUCCUCAUCAUGCCAUGGUGGAAGAUCUCCGUCUGAAUUACGAGUUUCGUGACAUUGUCAAUGUGAGGUGUAAUACCAGUGAUGAUGUCUUCACCCUUCAUUGUCAUAACAAAGGAUUGUGGAGCGGACCGGUUGCGUCUUGUCCCGAACCAAAGAGUGCUCCAUCAGUUGACUCUUGCACUGCCCCAGCAGUGCCAAUUGAUUCAACCAUUCAGAAUCUUCGUCUCUCAUACAAAAACGGUGACAGGAUGAACGUGACAUGUAACGAGGGCCCUGAGUGGUUCCCCGUGACAUGUGAGGAUGGAACAUGGACAGGCCAGAACAUAGUGUGCCCUGUCCCUGCCAUAGAAUGCAAUCAACCAAUCAUCUCUGUCGACGCAUACAUUGGAAAUGUUAAGCCUCGCUACAAGAAUGGUGACCAAGUGAACAUCACAUGUAACGACGAUUCUGUUUCUUUAAUUUGGGAAUGUCAGCGAGAUGGCUUGUGGCGUGGGCCUCCCUUCGAAUGUUCCCGUACUCAUCCACCGCCUGAAGGGCAACAACCUUCAUCUCCGGGGCGCUUUACAAGACCUAAUACUGAGCAUGAUGGAAGGGAUUACUUUAUCACCGGUCUUCUUGUAACAGCUGUCAUCUUAUUCAUCCUUGUUCUGAUGUGUAUGGCUGUGUUUGUUAUCUUCAUGAGAAAUCGUGGGUACGAUUUGGUAACAUCAUCGAAAGACGCUCUUCAAGAUGAGAAUGGAUCUAGAGGACCCCUCCCUGACGUUCCUGAAGGAUAUGCUAACUACGUUGCUGGUGAACAGUCACUCUAUGUCGAACCAUAUCUCAAACAAAAUGGAGAUCACAUUCCAGCCUAUGAAGUCUACGAAAAACCAGUUUGAUUAAUUUAUCCUCGAUAAUGUAAACAGCUAACCACUAUCAGUGUUAGAUUCAGCGUGCUUUUCCUUUUCUGUACCAUUCAUGUUAAUAUUUGUUUUUUGUUUAGUUUACAAAAUGUUUAGACCAACCUGGGGCAUGCACUUUUGCCUAAUAAUCUAUGUAUUAAUUGUCAGUUUUUUUAAAUUUUAAUACUAUUUAAUCUUUAAAUGUAAGUUCUUACUAGCAGUUAUUCCCUUCUGCUCACUAAAUUAUACGUACAUUCAAUAUAUAGAAAAGCUAUACAAUUUCAAUCCUCCCCGAUGAUGCAUUAAUUAUUGUCUUUAAUCCAACACUGAUUUGUUUUCUGCACAUUUAAAUGAAAUUUAUGUUUAUUAGCCUUUUUUCUUACUUAAUUUCUCAAGUAAGAAUAUGAAAAGCCCAAUUUUCUCUCGUGUAUCAAAUAUUUGAUACUGAGAUAAAUUUAAGACGAGGUUAAACCUUUAACGCUUUACAUACAAUAGGUAGCAGAUGUGUACAGUAUGAUUAUAUAUGUAUUUGUUCAUAAUGUGAAUACUUUUCUGUCUUCAACUUACAUGUCCAGGUUAUUAUCAAAGUGUACGAUAUUUAGCUCAUUGAUUACUCUAAUAAACAUGGAAUCCAUUAAUACCAAAAGAGGUAUCUGCAAUGAAAAUAAACAAAACAAAACUUCAACUUAGGAAUACUACUUUCAUUAUUUUCAAUCCAUUUUUUUUUUCGAAUUCAUUUCGAUUUCAAUUUUCAUUUCAGUCAAUUCAUGUAGCUUUACAUAUUUGUAUAUUUUACUAAGUAAAAACUAAAUGUCCUUUUUUACAGCCCUUGUAAAUUUGAUGCGUUCUUGUUUUGUUCGUUAAUCAAGAAUAGUAGAUGCCCUGGUUGAAAUAACGCUUUGUUAAUAUGUUUAGAUAAAAAGCUUUAAUAUGUCAUAUUCUUAAGAAAAAUAAAUCCAUACAAAUAGA